UCGUUUUCUGUCCUGUCACACAGAUGAUUUUCAGAGAGAAAGCUUAAACCCUAAUUUCAGAGAUGGUGAUGAAGAAAGGGGAGCUAGUGUGGGUGAGCCUAAACUCUUCAGAUACAUGGAUUCCGGGUCGGAUUCUGGAUCCAUCGGAACCGUUUGGAAUUCUGGUUGCCUUCUUCGACCUAAUGAAACCGAGAUACGUUCCAAAACCCUGUAUCCGAGGCUUCGAGCGCCAUUUCGGAACUCUGGUCGCAGAUUCAUGGAGGUUCCGCCACUUUGUGAACCGAGCUCUGCGAGCCCAGUUUUGGAAUAUCUCGUUUGGGCUAUGGUGUUCUUGCCAGCCACCGAUUGAUUCGCCGGACUUCGACGGAGAAAAUUCUCUCCCUUGUUUCCCUCUCUCUUCGGAUUCGGCUCUCCGUUUUGUUCGGGAUAUGGCCAUUUCGCUACGGGUUCCUCUCCGGAGAUUAGCUGAGACCAACAAUUCGACCGCUCAAAUCCUUAGUUUUCGGCGAUACACUGUUGAUUUUAAGCGCUCCGAAUCUGUAUAUGAAGAAAUUAGAGAAAGUGCAAAGCUAAUAGAUAACACAGAAGAACCAAAUUGGUGUCGUGAUCCCUCCAACAAGAUGGACUGCAUCAAUCAGGGUUUUAUGUUUCCUGCAGACAUGGAAACGAAUAGAGAUUUGAGUAUAAGAGAUCAAUUGCCGAAGGAUAUACCUUGUUGUUCUUCUCCUUCUUCCGAGCAGCCUGUUGCUAAAGUAGUUCGGAUUUGCACAUGGAGUACGGGGAACCCUCUAACCAUCUCUGAUUCUAGCACUAUGAAAGCUUGUGUAACCAUGGCUCCAACAGCUGAUCAUGAGGAUGAUGAUCACCCGUCAGAGAACAGAGAACACUGUCAAGUUGAGCAGAGUAUCUGCUUACUGAAUUCAGAACCUCGUAUUGAAGAUAUAAUAGUGGAAGACACCAUUUCCGUUGCUGUCGCAAGAGCUGCUCUAUCAGAAGAAGCACAUCCUGACGUUAUGAUUGAAAGUAAUGAUGACAUCAUUGGUUCGGAUGAUGGAACUGUGACAUCCGGAAAACAAUUGUUACCCUUGCUUGAUGCGAGUAACGACAAGGCUUUUCUAGCAAAGCCUGUUUCUUUUGUUGUUCUGAAAGCCUGCAAGAAUCUAGAUUGUUCAGUGAAAGAAACAUAUGCUAACCCAAGAAGCAAGCUUGAUAGCACUAUGAUCAGUGCCAAUACCUUGGAUGAGGAAUCGUCAGAUAGGAAUAAUCUCAAUGGAACACGUGGAAACGUCUCUGACGAUGCAUUGGACUCCCAUAUUGUGGAGGUUGGACAGGUUUCGCUACAUAUUACUGGCUCCUCAAACAAAGAUUCUGGUUCUGAUGAUGUAGGCGUUGCACCCGCACCAAAAUUACAAGAUUUGGAAGACGCAACAACUGUUGAAAACCAGAAGAGAGCAGUUGAUAAUUUCAAAUCCAUUGGGGUCAAAAGGAAAGCGAGCCGAGACAGAGCAGGUAACUCCAAAAGAAAGAAGAAAGCAAGCCAACAAUCUAUUUCUACUGUUAAACCCCUGAAUCUACACCCGAUGAAAGAUAUGCGUCUUGCUGAUCCAAAAUGUUUGCGAAUGAAGUUCGUGAGUAAACAUGGGAAUCUCCCAUCCAAAUCAGAACUGUUGAAGAGAUUCAGCGUGUUUGGGAAAAUAGAUGCUUCAAGAACUGAUGUAAACCCAGGGGAAAGCUCUGCGAAAGUAGUAUUUCUGCAAAGCAUAGACGCAGUGACGGCUUAUCAAUUUGCAAGGAGCAAAAAGUUUAAGCUAGGACGGUCUAAGGUAAUGUAUCGGCUCGACGCCUUCGAGAAAGUCAAUGAAGUAAACAAAGUUCCUGUGACUCAGAAGGACAACGAAGUAAACAAAGUUCCUGUGGCUCAGAAGCCUCAAAACUCUGUUCCAUCACCAAGAUCGUGUCGCAAGAAACAUGGUUCAGUAGAAAAAGAAGAGGGAAGAAGCAAGGCGAAGGUGAAAUUUCAACUGGAGACUAACUGAUGAAGACCAUCAUCUCAAUAGUUAUGUGCAUAGCUUAUGUCUCUCUCAUGGAAAUCCCCUUGUAAAGUAGCUAAGGUCUUUUACCUAACGUAGAACUUGCAGGUUUUUUUUGGUAUUGAAGCUUUGUAUAAUCUUGGCUUGUUUCGUAUAAGAGAUGACAUAGUUUGCACAUAAAUUUAUUAAAAAAAACAGCUCUGACGAUGAAAUG